UUUGAAUGUUAAAAACAAAAUGUUUAGGGUCUGGAUAAUGUUAUGAACGAAAAAAGUUAAAUAAUGUUGCUUUCGACAAAAUAAAUGUUGAAUCAAUAUAUAUAGCAAACAAGAGUUCAGCAUAGGAAUGUUUUUUCGAAUCUUACGGGAGAUAAAGAAAAUAACUGCACAUGGUGCCUAGAUAAGAAAUUAGCAACAUGGAAUUAUGAAUAUUGGGUUUAUAAAUAGAAUAUGUCACGUGUAUACAGCCGCUGGAUGCGAAAUGGAAACAUAUUUUAGAAAGACGUGCAUCAAGAAUAUUUCAUGUAGUCAGAGUGAUAUUGUAAAGGAAAUGGAGUGCCGUUAAAGUCUUACGUAAUAUCAGGUAGAUCUAUAUAAAAAAGAUAUCUGAAGAUAACGUAGCGGUUGUGAGUGACGUCAUGAGGUUUUUACGGAUCAAAUUCGUGAGAUACUUCACCUACGUGUCCUUGAUAAUGUGCCUGUCCCUUGUCUUCUCCCAUAUGUGGCUUGAAAAGUCAACCCAAAGUGUAUUCUACGAUGGACCCAUAAUGUUUACGAAUAAAAAGCAAACUUCACAACGAUCUCAAACUGCACAGUAUUUGACAGACCCACAACUUAACCCGGUUCUUAGAACAUUUAACUGUGAUAAACUAUUCAAGGGCGACAACUCAGAGAUAAAUCGUGCCAGUGAUUACCUUAGAAAUGUCCGGCAUUUUAAAAACCGUGAAGACGAUGAAUUUAGAGUGUUGUCGCUAAACUGUGAAGAAUACAAGAAAUCCCGAGGAUUCUUUGCUGCUCCAGUUACAAAAUUAGAGCAGGAUUUCCCUAUUGCAUACAAUAUUUUGUUUCAUAGAAAUAUUGAACAGUUUGAACGACUUUUGCGUGCAAUAUAUAGACCACAGAACCAGUAUUGUAUACAUGUUGAUAAGAAAACGCCAGACGACGUUUUAGAAACAAUGACACUGUUAACUGGCUGUUUUGACAAUGUGUUCAUAGCAUCUAAACUUGAAUAUAUCAUAUACGCAAGUUAUACGCGAUUAGUUGCAGAUAUUAAUUGUAUGAAAGAUCACAUAGAACGAAACUUUGAAUGGAAAUAUCUACUCAAUAUGGCCGCCAGCGAGUUCCCUAUUAUGACGAAUUUACAAACAGUUCAAAUAUUGAAUGAAUUUGACGGAGCUAAUGAUAUACACGAAGUAUUCAUUGAUAUAGACAAUCAAAGGUUUAAACAAAAACAUUUUACUUACAUCGAUAUGAAGAGUAAAUCUGGAUACAUCAUACAUACGAAAAAGGCAAAAGAAGAUCCGCCGUACGGCUUAAAAAUUACAAAGGGCAAUGCGUAUAAUGUCUUCAGCCGGGCAUUUGUUGAGUUUGUCCUCGAGGACGAGAGAGCUCGGGCUUUGCUAGCAUGGUCGACUGAUACGUUAACUCCCGACGAACAUUACUGGGCAACUUUGAAUAAUCUGUACAGUAACCCAUUUCUUGAAACACCUGGUGGUUUUAAAGGUAAUCCUGACAAGAAGCCGUUCUCCGGGCGUUAUAUUGGGUGGAAAGCCACUACAUUAUUGUCAAGAUGCAAAGAAAAACAUUACGUGCAUAACGUCUGUGUGUUCAGUGCCCUUGACCUUCCAGCAUUAAAAGACAGAUAUGAACUCAUUGCUGAUAAGUUUGACAUUGAAUAUGACCCGAUUGCUUAUAUGUGUAUGGAAGAAUGGAUUCAAAAUAAAACGCUUAAUCAAGAAGGCGUUAGAUAUGUAAAAAGAUACAAGAAAUUUGCAAUAGCUAGAUAAUCUUUAUUUAUUUAAUGUUACUCUUUCAGAUUUAUAUUUUUAAGGCGACUUACAUUGAAAUAAAAAUUAAAAAGAAAAAAUAACGAAUUU